CAGGAUGAGUGGAGUUCAUGACUAAUUAGUUCCUAAUGUGCAUUUCUAAAAUGAAUGUGUUUCUUCCACUCGCAGCUUUCCCGUGGUUUGGCAUGGACAUCGGGGGGACUCUGGUGAAGCUCUCAUAUUUUGAACCCAUUGAUAUCACUGCUGAGGAAGAGCAAGAGGAGGUGGAGAGCUUAAAAAGUAUUCGGAAAUACCUGACUUCUAAUGUGGCCUACGGGUCCACUGGCGUCCGGGAUGUGCACCUUGAACUGAAGGACUUGACUCUGUUUGGGCGAAGGGGGAACUUGCACUUUAUCAGAUUUCCAACCCAGGACCUGCCUACCUUUAUCCAAAUGGGAAGAGAUAAAAACUUCUCCACGUUACACACGGUGCUAUGUGCUACCGGAGGUGGUGCUUACAAGUUUGAAAAAGAUUUUCGCACAAUUGGAAACCUCCACCUACACAAACUGGAUGAACUUGACUGCCUUGUAAAGGGCUUGCUGUACAUAGAUUCUGUCAGCUUCAAUGGGCAAGCAGAGUGCUAUUAUUUUGCCAAUGCCUCGGAACCUGAGCGAUGCCAAAAGAUGCCUUUUAACCUGGAUGACCCUUAUCCACUCCUGGUGGUGAACAUUGGCUCCGGAGUCAGUAUUCUGGCCGUGCAUUCCAAAGACAGCUACAAGCGUGUGACUGGGACCAGCCUCGGAGGUGGCACCUUUCUGGGCCUGUGCAGUUUAUUGACUGGCUGUGAAAGUUUUGAAGAGGCUCUGGAAAUGGCAUCCAAAGGUGACAGCACCCAGGCUGACAAGCUGGUCCGGGACAUUUACGGAGGAGAUUAUGAAAGAUUUGGUCUACCAGGUUGGGCUGUAGCAUCUAGUUUUGGGAAUAUGAUCUACAAGGAGAAGCGCGAGGCCGUCAGUAAGGAGGACCUGGCAAGAGCAACACUGGUCACCAUCACCAAUAACAUUGGCUCUGUGGCGCGGAUGUGUGCGGUUAACGAGAAAAUAAACAGAGUUGUCUUUGUCGGAAACUUCUUACGCGUCAACACCCUCUCCAUGAAGCUCUUGGCCUAUGCAUUGGAUUACUGGUCAAAAGGUCAAUUGAAAGCAUUGUUUUUAGAGCAUGAGGGCUACUUCGGAGCGGUUGGUGCACUUCUUGGACUGCCAAACUUCAGCUAACAUGUCAGAUCUUGCCGCCCAAGUAGCUGAAGCUGCAGGCAGGCAUCCGGGCACCGCCGCGACUGGGAACCAAAGGAUGAAAGAGUCACACUGCUCCUGUUGAUGUCUAGUGUCAGCGUGGUCAGCCGGGAGCGUUGCUGCUGGGGAUCCCUCAUUGACGGUGUCCUCCGUAUGUAGAUAGCCCGUGUCCUGCCGCAGUGCAACACAGAUCUAUUUAUUUUACGUAGCUCACAGUGUAGUACCAUAUGCUCCAACAUAGACCUUCAAGUCUCAGAGCAGGUUCGCGUAGGAGAAGUAAUUGGUUGUAUUUGUUCCACAUCUGUUUUAUGUGUGUUCUGGUUACGCUGUAUCGCACUGUAUCGCCCUGAUUGCACUGUAUCGGCAAUCUAGGUGAUUAGUUGGAGACUUUGGGAAUGUGAAGGCAGCGCUGAAUACUGGUUAUGGUAGUUUUUGUAACAUACCCUCUGUCACAAAGCAUGUUGGGGUGACCUGUCCCCAGAGAUGUGAUUCUUCUCAAAUGCCACGAUGAUUUACUUGAAAAACUCCUGAGUCUCAGGAGAAUCCUGGGAAAUUACAUUAUAUUUUGAUUUUUGAGUUAAAUCAACACAAGUUAACAUGUUUAAUAUUUUCAGAUUGGAAGCUUCCUUCCUUUGGAGUCUAAUGGGGUCCUUGGACUGCGCAGACAGUGUGCUUGGGGCAAAUUCAUACUUUUUGUGCUCUUUUGUGGCCAUGUGUAUCUCAGGCCAAUGUUUCUUCUCAUUAGAUCGGAACCAUGAAAGCUAAAGAUUUUAUUCUGCUCUGAAAAACUGCAACAGAAUCAACUUCUACUUGGAUAUUGUGAAACUGGGGAUCUGAGGCAGAAUUGCAGAGUUAUAAAAAGAUCAGUGUUUGAUACAUUCUGGUAAUAAAAAGCAUUAUAGUUCCAAAA